GCGCCGCUGCCGGCGGCCCCAUGACGGCCGAGCUGCGGGCCCGGGGCGGCGGCGGCGAGGAUUGCCAGGUGCUCCUAAAUCAGAUGAAAGAGAUCACAGGAAUUCAGGAUUCAGCAUUCCUGCUUGCUGCUCUAAAGGCUGCUGAUGGAGAUCUCAUGGAAGCAGUCACCUUCCUGACAGAGGACCCUGCUCCAGAGCCGGUGCAGAGCCCAGCUGCUGCAGAGCCAUCCGCCUGGGAAGGGAGUGUGGUGGGCAAACAGCUCCCACAGGAUGUUGGUGCUGCUCCUGCCCCUCACAACCAAGACAGCCUCCGCGCGGCCAACACUGUCAGACCACUGGAAUCACCCAAAGCCUCAGCUGCAGAAAGGGAUGCAGCUGAAAGACCACAGGAUGCCCAUUCUGCUGAAAACAAAAACCGCUCCAAAAGGAAACGCUGCGAAGUCUGGGGAGAGAGCCCCAAGCAGAGUGACUGGAGAAGAGCGGGUGACUGGCCUGUCGGAAUGAAGAACAUAGGAAAUACGUGUUGGUUUAGUGCUGUUAUACAGUCUCUGUUCCAGUUGCCAGAUUUCCGGAGGCUGGUCCUUGGCUACUCCCUCCCACAGAAUGUGCUUGAAAGUUGUCGUAGUCACACUGGAAAAAGAAAUAUUGCAUUCAUGCAAGAACUUCAGUGUCUGUUUGCAUUAAUGCUGGGGACGUGGCGUAAGUUUGUAGACCCUUCUGCAGCACUGGAACUCUUGAGGGACGUGUUUAGAUCAGCUGAACAACCACAGCAAGACGUGAGUGAGUUUACACACAAACUACUGGACUGGCUGGAGGAUGCAUUCCAGCUCACUGUGAAUGUCACGAGCCUUGGGGACAAAUCCGAAAACCCAAUGGUGCAGCUCUUCUACGGGACUUUCCUGACUGAGGGGGUCCAUGAGGGCAACACUUUUUCCAAGAUUGAGACCUUUGGUCAGUAUCCCCUUCAGGUAAAUGGUUACCGGAACUUGAAUGAGUGCUUGGAAGGAGCCAUGGUGGAGGGAGAGAUGGAUGAGGCAACAGCAUCUCAGUCAGUGAAGUAUGGACAGGAGCGCUGGUUUACAAAACUCCCACCAGUUCUGACCUUUGAACUCUCCCGAUUUGAGUUCAAUCAGUCACUAGGACAGCCAGAGAAAAUUCACACCAAGCUAGAGUUUCCCCAGACUAUGUAUAUGGACAGGUACCUCUACUGCAAUAAAGAUCUUAUUCAGAUGAAAAGAGAGGAAAUGAAGAGAUUGAAGGAGAAAAUGGUGACUCUGCAGCAGAAACUGGAAAGGUACAUGGAAUAUGGCUCUGGCCCAGCCCGCUUCCCACUGCCGGACAUGCUGCAGUAUGUGCUGGAGUUCAUUGCCACAAAGCCAGCUGGGGCUGUUUGCUCUGCUCAGAGCUCCCAAACAACUCCCCUGCACUCCCAGGCCAAGCCUAAUGUUUUGGACGUGCUUUCACAGCCAGACGGCAUACAAGAAAGGACUGAUGCUAGGACUGAAGAUGAAGCUUUCUUUGUGGCCAAUUCUUCACCACAGCAGAGCUCCGGUGUGGAUCUCCAGCCUCCUGUUUCACCUGCGGAGCUGUCUGAGCGUCCAGCUCCUCACGUGGUCUCCAGGGAAGAGCUGAACCUGGUUCAGACGUGUCUGCAGCGAUGGAGGAACGAGAUCGAGCAGGACGUGCAAGAUCUGAAGGAAUCUAUUGCCAGAAUCAACCUGUCCAUCGAACAGAUGUACUGUGACCCUCUCCUCCAGCAGGUUCCCUAUCGCUUGCACGCAGUCCUGGUCCAUGAGGGGCAAGCAAAUGCAGGGCACUACUGGGCCUUCAUCUACGACCAGCCCCGUAAAAGAUGGCUCAAGUACAAUGACAUCUCAGUGACAGAGUCGUCGUGGGAAGAGCUGGAGCGAGAGUCGUUUGGAGGCUUGAGGAAUGCCAGUGCCUACUGCCUGAUGUACAUCAGUGACCAGGUGUCCCCUGUGGGUGCAGAUGAGGAUGAGGGCCCAGAGGCUAGACAGCUCCAGAAGGAAGUGGAAGCUUUGUCCCCAGAACUGAGACACUACAUCCAGGAGGACAACUGGCGCCUGGAGCAGGAGGCAGAGGAGUGGGACGAGGAGCAGUCUUGCAAGAUUCCUCAGAUGGAGCCUUCGCCUACUUCUGAAUUGCAGGACCUCUCUUCUGAGUCAGGACCAGAGCAAUCCCCAGUGUGUGAGCCGAGCGUGCACUCCCUGUCCUCGGAGCAUGCCAGGAUCGCCAAGGAGCAGACUGCCAAGGCCAUUGCCAACACUGCUGAUGCCUACGAGAAGAACGGCGUCGAGGCAGCUCUGUGCGAGCGCAAGGAGGUAGAGCCACUGAAGGCCCAUCCAGAAGAAAUAUCCCCCACAGUUCAGGCAGAGCAGCCCCGGGACACUCAGGAAGCAGAGGCUGCUGCCCAAACUAGCUCACAGGUCUCUGAAGUGGAAAUCCCCAGUGUGGGGAAGAUUCCCGUUAGAUCCGAUGCAGAUGGAUAUAAUGAGGAGGUGAUGCUGAGUCCAGCCAUGCAAGGUGUCAUCCUGGCUAUUGCAAAAGCCCGCCAGACCUUUGAUCGUGACGGGUCUGAAGCAGGGCUUGUUAAGGCAUUCCACGAGGAGUACUCCCGGCUGUACCUGCUUUCCAAAGAGACCCCGACCCCCCAGAACGACGCCCGCCUGCAGCACGUGCUCAUCUACUUCCUGCAGAACAACGCUCCGCAGCAGGUGGUGGAACGGACCCUCCUCGAGCAGUUUGCAGACAAGAACCUCAGCUACGAUGAACGGUCCAUCAGCAUCAUGAAGGUGGCACGGGCAAAGCUGAGCGAAAUCGGUCCUGACGAUGUUGACAUGGAGGAGUACAAGAGAUGGCACGAGGACUACAGCCUUUUCCGCAAGGUGUCCAUUUACCUGCUGACGGGGUUGGAACUCUACCAGAAUAGAAAGUACCAAGAGUCACUCACCUACCUGGUCUACGCCUACCAAAGCAACACCAAACUGCUGCUGAAGGGAACCAACCGCGGCGUGAGCGAGUCGCUGAUCGCCUUGUACCGCAGGAAAUGUCUCCUGAAGCUGAACGAGGUGGCAGCUUCUCUUUUUGUCAGCUGUGAAGAAGCUCAUGUGUCAGAGGGUGUAAGCAUCCUGAAUGAGCUGAUCAUCCCCUGCAUGCAUCUCAUGAACAACUUUGAGAUCUCCAAAGAGGACCUGGAUGCCAUCGAGGUCAUGAGGAACCGCUGGUGCUCCUAUUUGGGACGAGAAGACAUGGACGCAAAGCUGCAGAUGAAGCUGGGUGAGCUGCUGCCCCGGCUCCUGGACGGCUCCACCGAGGUCAUUGUGCUGAAGGAGCCCCCGAAGAUCCGGCCUAACUCCCCCUACGACCUGUGCAGCCGCUUUGCGGCCGUCAUGGAGUCCAUCCACGGCGCCUCGGCCGUGGCCGUGCAGUAACCGCGGGCGGGCGCGCCGGGGCUGCAGCGGGAGCAGAGGGGCCCUUGGGAUUCCAAGCUGUGUUCUUUGUAAAUACGAGCGGAUAAAAAGCAGUAUUGCACUUGUGAGGCAGAACGUAAGGCGGUAACACGAAGGACCUGGACCACUGUUACAGUGCGAGGCGCAGCAGCGCCGUGGGGCCCAGCUGGGCUCCAGAGGCUCCUCUGUCCUGGCAGCCCUCUAGCUGCAGCCCCUGGGCCAC